UUCAUUGGGCUGGACCUUCAUCUUCAGAAGAGUUUUUAUGAUAGUGGCCCAACUUUGACUCCAUGAACAAACCUCUGCAUCCUUUUUUGUCCUAAAAAUCUCUUUAUCCUAUUUUAUCCAUUUUAAAGUUUCCAACUUUUUUUCAAUACACUCACACAUCACACCAGUUGUCUUCCCAUUUCAGUCUUUUUGAGUAAAAAGAGUGAUGAACGACCUCUCCUAUGCAGCUGUAAGCGAACACCAAACUAGUUUCAGUUGCAAACCCAUACCAAGGUUAGCUCUUUUCAGCCUUCUAACUCUUUCCCUCAUCAGUCUAUUUGUCUCCAUUUUCAUUCUUGUUGUGGUCCACAACGCUGCUUUCCUUCUCUCUUUCCUUUUGCUAUUAGCUCUGGUCGCUUCUUUCUUAGCUUGGAACGCUGUUAACUGGAGACAUCACAACAGAUCUGCUUUCUCUUUCUUCAUUAACUCUUUACCUGACUCUGAUCUUCGACUCGCACGUGAAGGACAGCUCGUGAAGAUCACUGGGGUAGCAUCAUGUGGGAGUUUAUCUUUGGAAACCUCAUAUGAAAGGGUUGCCAGAUGCAUAUAUGCAUCUACCCUUCUCUUUGAAUAUGGACAAUUUGGUCUGAAACCGGUUAAUGUCAAAAGAUCUUGGUUCCAAUGGAACCUGGCAUAUUGUGAGAGGUUUUCUACAGAUUUCUAUAUUACCGAUCGCAAAUCCGGUAUAAGAGCUGUGGUAAAAGCCGGUUCAGGAUGUAAAGUUAUCCCCUUGAUCAUCGAGAGCAAACUCGUCACCACCACGAAUCAAUGCAGAGUCCUAUCUCCUCACCUAAUCAAUUGGUUACGAGAACGAAACCUUUCUGGAGAUGUCCGACUGCUACGUCUCGAAGAAGGGUAUGUACAGGAAGGCAACACGGUGACUGUAACUGGAAUGUUGCGAAAAAUUGACGACGUUCUAAUGAUUGUUCAACUGCCCGAGCUUGUAUCCACAGGAUGCUUAUGGCGACGGUUACUUCUCCCUGUCGAUGUCGAUGGUCUGAUACUGGCCCCCGGAGGUUCCUGAUACAUAAUAACCCUGCCCUUAACCUCUCAAUGAAUUCCAUUGGACACACAGAACAGUAAUGUCUGACAUAUUCAUAGAAAUAUUUCUAGGCAACAAGAAGGUAUUGGAUGGUGAUAAUUGAUAAAGGC